AUGUAUUUUCAAGUCCGUUCUGCUGCUACCCCGCGUGACAUGUCGCGUUCCAGCGGUGCAUGGCAGCGGCUUCAAUGGCUGUGGAACGGGAUUGGCGGGUUCGUCGUGCUGCUGCUCGUCUACGCGGCGCUGCUCGAGUUGAAUCGCGCGCCAACCUCCGUCAUGCAGAUGCCUCCCGAGCCCUCCGCCGCCAUUCCGCAGGAGGGCUUCGGGGAGUCGGACAAUGCCGAGGAGGCCAAGCAGUCGACGCGACUUAGAAGUGCAACACGCGGCGCAUCAGACAGCGCACAGAGGCCACCCGACGACGCCCAACACUACCACAUCUGUUGGUCCUCUGGUACUCCUCCCUCCCAGCACUGCUCCCCUUCCUCACCUGCUCCCUCCGCCCGCUGCUCCCUUCUUCUGUUUUUCCUUCCCCCUGCUGCUCCCUCCCCCCAAACUGCUCCCUUCCCCUGA